GCCGUGUCUCCCUCGCACUUGAGGACAUACACUAGGUGAAGUAUGUAUAUUUUUUAGGACUUAUGUCCGGCUGUUAAUGGGAUAUAAAUGGUAUAAAUGGCAUGUUAUUCGAAAUGCCAUUCCGAUUAUUUUCCUACUUCAACCAUCAUCAGAAUUCGCACUGCUUGUUUGUUACAGAUUAUUUCGAGUGAAUCUGCCCUUUCUACUUCCAGCAGCUACUUAGACGCCUGACUCUCCACCAUGAAGAGCUUCGUCCUACUCCCACUAAUCGCCGCGAUUGCGAUCGCUGCUCCGGCGCCGAAGCCUAAGAACUUCGAGGCCGAUCCCGCACUCACCAUCGGGACCCCAGACGACUCAUCAUAUGCGACUAAGCGGGAGACGUUUGAGGCCGACCCAUUACUACAAGUUGGGGAUUCGGAUGAGUCUUCAUAUGCCGAGAAGAGGACCAACUUUGAGGCCGACCCAUUGCUGCACAUUGGAAGCUCGGAGGAGUCCUCGUACGCUGAGAAGAGGGCUAACUUUGAGUCGGACCCCGCGCUUCAGGUUGGGGAUAGCGUUGAAUCUUCAUACGCUGAGUAAAAGGAUCACGAUUUUAGGUCUAGCCUAGAGAGGGGGAAAUAAUUAAUUGCUUGCCUAACGCUCUAGGGUAGCGGUAAUCACUCGUUAUAUUCAUAUUUGGGAUGGUUGUAAACUCAGGUGCCUAGGUUAUUCAUACAUUAGGUACACUAGAUAUGAACAUAUGAACAUAAAUGUGGCAAAAGGUCUUAAUUCCAUUGCAUUAUUGAAAAGGCGCCACAUCUCUA